AUGAUAAACUACGAGAAGAGAUUCGGAGCGUUCAAUCUACUUUUGAGAUUCUACGGCUCGCAAUGGCCUCGAGCGACGCUACUCGCCCUGCCCAGCGCCAUUCUCGCCGGGCUUCUCUCCGCGUUUAUAUUCGUCGAUAAAACUCAACACCUCUUCCUCCACCCAUACCCCUAUGCCGUAUUCAGCGGCGUCGUCGCCUUCAUCCUCAUCUUCCGCACCAAUCUCAGCUACGCGCUCGAAAUGGGGAGACGCCGCAAUCCAGGUGAGCCAUCGCUGCUGCAAUUCGCAGUCGCUUUUUAUCAUUCUAUACUCUCUCUCCCCUAUUUCAACCAUUUUGCCGUCCAGCUUCGAUCGUUGUGCUCGCACGCCUGCUCGCACCUAGCGCACACAUUCCUCGCCCAAGUUCGCAUUGCUUUGGACUCGCCCAACCCGGCUAAUCUCCCUCCCGAUUCCUUCCGUCUGUCCGUCUGGUUCCCGCUUUUCCCGCCUCGCCUUCCGCAGGUGAUAUCGUUUGACGAGGGAGCCAAAGAGCCGGUGCCGGGGGGGAUUCGGUUCCGCUCCGAGUUUGUGCACACCAUGAGCCUCAUGCAUGCGCUCGCGCUGCAGGUAUGCAGCAUGGCUUGUGAAUUAGCAACCUGCGAAUCCAUGCACACGCCCGCACUUCUGCCCGCGCUAAACACUUGCUCGCUGCAAGCCUUCCUUUUCUCUCUAUCACUGUCUCUCUCUUGUCUGUGCGACUUAUUCUCUUUCCCCUCUCACCUCCCACUCCUUUCCAUCGCCCUGUCUGAUAUCCGUGCGGAGCAGAGACUAAGGGGGGACUCCUACCUGAGCAACUUAACUUAUGGUCGUUUCAUGGACAUCCCACCAGAGCCGCCAGUGGACGCGGAUCAGGUGGAGGAGUGGAACCGAGUGCGCGGAAACAAGUCUUUGGUCUUCCUGAGAGCCCACCGCCCCCACCUGGAGAAGUACUGGCGGGCGCUGCCGCUGGCAGUGCUGGGGGGGGUGAACCCCACGGAGUGCAGCAUCCUGGAACCUUCCCGCGACCGUGUGUACCUGGUGAUGUGCUGGCUGCACCGCGCGCUCGUGGCUCGCCGCAUGGCGGGAGGGAUCUCACAGGACGCCCCUAUCGUGUCCAGAAUAUACCAAGUGUUGUCAGACGGCAUGCUGGGGUAUGAAAACGCACUCAAGAUAGUGAACACGCCCUUCCCCUUCCCCUUCGCACAGUGCGUGGCUCUCCUCCUGCACAUCAACGCCCUCAUCAUCCCGCUCCUCAUGGCCGACUGGCUAGCAGACCCCUACCUAGCAUCUGCAAUCACCUUUCUCUCCGUCUUCUCCUUCUAUCUUCUCAACGAAGUGGCGAGAGAAAUUGAAGAACCAUUCCGGUUCGACCCAAAUGAUCUCCCAGUGGUUUACCUCCAUCAUAAGUUCAACGAGCGGCUUGUCACGGCGUUUUCACGAAGCGUGUUUCCCGCGGACGGACUGUUUACGCACAUUGAUGAGAAGGAGAUGGCGUGGCUUUUAGCUAAGCACCGGCCGGUGACAGUGGUGAAGGUAGUGGAUGAGAAGGUGGGUGCCAAGGACUGUGUUAUCGAUGUGCUGUGCGGCGACAAGCUUGGAGAGAAGGCCCGGGCCGAGGCUGGUCUCCUCUCCGCAUUCAUAUUCGUCGAUAGAAACCAGCACCUAUUUCUCCAUCCAUACCCCUAUGCGGUAUUCAGCGGCGUCGUCGCCUUCAUCCUCAUCUUCCGCACCAACCUCAGCUACGCGUUCCAAAUGGGGAGAUGCCGCGACCCAGACCACAUGUUCACAAUGCCUUGCUUACACCUCCCUUUCCCCCUCUCCUCGCCCUCUUUGCAGGUGAUAUCGUUUGACGAGGGAGCCGAGGAGUCGGUGCCGGGCGGGAUUCGAUUCCGCUCUGAGUUUGUGCACACCAUGAGCCUCAUGCAUGCGCUUGCGAUGCAGAGACUAAGAGGAGACUCGUACCUCAGCAACUUAACUUAUGGUAGAUUCAUGCACAUCCCACCAGAGCCGCCCGUGGACGCGGAUCAGGUGGAGGAGUGGAACCAUUCUUGUGGCCCCUCCAUUUGCUUUCCUCUCUGCCCCUCUCCCUCUCUGCCUCUCUACUGCUGCUGCACAGGACGUUUCAUGGACAUCCCACCAGAGCCGCCAGUGGACGCGGAUCAGGUGGAGGAGUGGAACCGAGUGCGCGGAAACAAGUCUUUGGUGUUCUUGAGAGCCCACCGCCCCCACCUGGAGAAGUACUGGCGGGCGCUGCCGCUGGCAGUGCUGGGGGGGGUGAACCCCACGGAGUGCAGCAUCCUUGAACCUUCCCGCGACCGUGUGUACCUGGUGAUGUGCUGGCUGCACCACGCGCUCGUGGCUCGCCGCAUGGCGGGAGGGAUUUCCCAAGACGCCCCUAUCGUCUCCAGAAUAUACCAAGUGCUGUCAGACGGCAUGCUGGGGUACGAGAACGCGCUCAAGAUAGUGAACACGCCCUUCCCCUUCCCCUUCGCGCAGUGCGUCGCUCUGCUCCUGCACAUCAACGCCCUUGUAAUUCCCCUCCUUAUGGCCGACUGGCUCGCCGACCCCUUCCUCGCUUCAGCAAUCACCCUGCUCUCCGUCUUCUCCUUCUAUCUUCUCAAUGAAGUGGCAAGAGAAAUUGAAGAGCCGUUUCGCUUCGACCCAAACGAUCUCCCCGUGGUGUACCUCCAUCAUAAGUUUAACGAGCGGCUUGUUACAGCGUUUUCGAGAAGUGUUUUCCCUGCGGAUGGGUUGUUUACACACAUUGAUGAGAAGGAAAUGGAGUGGCUUUUAGCUAAGCACCGGCCGCUGACGGUGAAGAAAGGAUUGGAGGAGAAGCUGGGAGUGAGUGCCAAGGACUGCGUUGUCGAUGUGCUGUGCGGCGCCAAGCCUGGAGAAAAGAGAUACUGGGAGGGGCGAACCAUGCUCGCACAAAUGAGGUCCGUCGGUUGUCUCAUCCUUUCCAUGUCUCGUCCUUUCCACGUCUCGACCUUCCCAUGCCCCGUCCUUCCCAUGCCCCGUCCUUCCCAUGCCCCGUCCUUCCCAUGCCCCGUCCUUCCCAUGCCCCGUCCUUCCCAUGCCCCGUCCUUCCCAUGCCCCGUCCUUCCCAUGCCCCGUCCUUCCCAUGCCCCGUCCUUCCCAUGCCUCGCCCUCUCUUCUCUUCUCUUCUCUUCUCUUCUCUUCUCUUCUCUUCUCUUCUCUUCUCUCCUCUCCUCUCCUCGCCCUCAUGCAGUUCGAAAUGGGGAGACGCUGCAAUUCAGUCGACUCAAAACCGGGUGGAAUAUGGAUCCCGUCCCAUCUCGUCUCCCCCUCCUCUCCUUCCGUCUGCACCUCUGGCCUUUCCGUUUUCCUCACCCCUCUCGCCCUCCACAGGUCAUAUCGUUCGAUGAGGGGGGGCAGGAGGAGCCAGUGGAGCCGGGCGGGAUUCGAUUCCGCUCCGAGUUCGUGCACACCAUGAGCCUCAUGCACGCCCUCGCGCUGCAGGUAUGCCUUUUCGGUCGAUUCAUGGACAUCCCACCAGAGCCGCCAGUGGACUCGGAUCAGGUGGAGGAGUGGAUCAAUAGCCGCCUCAUAAUCAGAUUCCCCUCUGCCUCGCUCUGCUUCUCUGCCCCUCCGGCUCUCUCUCCCACGCGGGUCGAUUCAUGCACAUCCCACCAGAGCCGCCAGUGGACGCGGAUCAGGUCCUCCAUUUUCCUGAGAGCCCACCGCCCCCACCUGGAGAAGUACUGGCGGGCGCUGCCGCUGGCAGUGCUGGGGGGGGUGAACCCCACGGAGUGCAGCAUCCUGGAACCUUCCCGUGACCGUGUCUACCUGGUGAUGUGCUGGCUGCACCGGGCGCUCGUGGCCCGCCGCAUGGCGGGGGGGAUCUCACAAGACGCCCCUAUCGUCUCCAGAAUAUACCAAGUUCACCUAGCUGUUGCACUGUUCCGUUCCAUCAAUGAGCCAUCAAUGGGUCGUUCCAUCACGUCUUGUUCUUCCCUAUCCUCACCACACCGUCCCCUCUCUUCCCAUUCCUCCUUUCCCCUCCUUCACCCCCUUCCUCCACCCCCUCCCCCCCACCCUCCUCCCACCUGCUCCCCACCAGACGGCAUGCUGGGGUACGAGAACGCACUCAAGAUAGUGAACACGCCCUUCCCCUUCCCCUUCGCGCAGUGCGUGGCUCUCCUCCUGCACAUCAACGCCCUCAUCAUCCCGCUCCUCAUGGCCGACUGGCUAGCCGACCCGUACCUUGCAUCAGCAAUCACUUUGCUGUCCGUCUUCUCGUUUUAUCUUCUGAAUGAAGUUGCAAGGGAGAUUGAGGAACCGUUUCAAUUCGACCCGGAUGACCUUCCGAUGGUUUAUUUGCAUCACAAAUUCAACGAGCGGCUUGUGACUGCAUUUUCUAUAAGUGUUUAUCCGGCAGACGGCCUUUUCACACAAAUCGACGAGAGGGAGAUGGAGUGGCUUUUAGCAAAGCACCAGCUGGUGAUGGUGACAACAGGAGUGGAGGGGGAAGAGGGAGUUGCUGUGUUGUGCGCCGACGAACCUCGAGAUAAGGUUCGGGCCGAGGCUGGCUCGGGGGGUGGAUGA